CAGCGCCAGAGCCAGAGCCUCCCUGCGGCGGGCGGAGGACGAGCGGGCGCGCACGGGCGCCGGGCCGGGUCCGCGGCCUCCGCACGGCGAAUGGAUGUGCCCGGCCCGGGGUCCCGGCGGGCGGCGGCGGCCACCGCGCUCCUGCGCUCGGCCCGCGUGCCCCGUGGGGGCUGGUUCCUGCCCACCGCGCUGCUGUGCGCCUACGGCUUCUUCGCCAGCCUCCGGCCGUCCGAGCCCUUCCUGACGCCCUACCUGCUGGGGCCCGACAAGAACCUGACGGAGCGGGAGGUCUUCAAUGAAAUUUAUCCAGUAUGGACUUACUCUUACCUGGUGCUGCUGUUUCCAGUGUUCCUCGCCACAGACUACCUCCGUUAUAAGCCUGUUGUUCUGCUGCAGGGACUCAGCCUUAUUGUUACAUGGUUCAUGCUGCUCUACGCCCAGGGACUGCUGGCCAUUCAGUUCUUGGAAUUCUUCUAUGGCAUUGCCACAGCCACUGAAAUUGCCUAUUACUCUUAUAUCUACAGUGUGGUAGACCUGAACAUGUACCAGAAAGUCACAAGUUACUGUCGGAGUGCCACCUUGGUGGGCUUUACUGUGGGCUCUAUCCUGGGGCAAAUCCUCGUCUCCGUGGCAGGCUGGUCCCUGUUCAGUCUGAAUGUCAUCUCUCUUACCUGUGUUUCUGUGGCUUUUGCUGUGGCCUGGUUUCUGCCUAUGCCACAGAAGAGCCUUUUCUUUCACCAUGUUCCUUCCACUUGCCAGAGGAUGAAUGGCAUCAAGGCACAAAAUGGCGGCGUUGUAACCAACACCUCAGCUUCUAACCACCUUCCUGGGUGGGAAGACAUUGAGUCAAAAAUCCCCCUAAAUAUGGAGGAGCCGGAGCCCCAGCCAGACCGUCUCCUCGUGCUGAAGGUCCUGUGGAAUGACUUCCUGAUGUGUUACUCCUCUCGUCCGCUGCUCUGCUGGUCUGUGUGGUGGGCCCUCUCCACCUGCGGCUAUUUCCAAGUGGUGAACUACACACAGGGCCUGUGGGAGCAAGUGAUGCCCUCUCGAAGUGCUGCCAUCUACAACGGGGGCGUGGAGGCCGCGUCCACCCUCCUGGGUGCCGUUGCUGUGUUUGCAGUGGGUUACAUCACAAUAUCCUGGUCAACUUGGGGGGAGAUGAUGCUGUCUCUGUUUUCCCUGCUGAUUGCUGCUUCCGUGUAUGUCAUGGAUACGGUGCACAACAUCUGGGUUUGCUACACGUCCUAUGUCAUCUUCAGAAUCAUCUACAUGUUACUCAUCACCAUAGCAACCUUUCAGAUUGCUGCUAACCUCAGCAUGGAGCGCUAUGCCCUUGUGUUUGGUGUGAACACCUUCAUUGCUCUGGCCCUGCAGACACUGCUCACUCUCAUCGUGGUGGAUUCCAGCGGCCUUGGCUUAGACAUUACCACUCAGUUCCUGAUCUACGCUGGGUAUUUUGCACUCAUCGCUGUGGUUUUCCUGGCUAAUGGUACCGUUAAUAUUCUGAAGAAAUACAGAAAGCAAGAUGCAGAAUUGAGUUCUCAAGUAACCACAUCAUAAUACACUGCUGAUAAGCUGCUUCGUAUAGCAAAAAAAUCUGCACAGCAACUGUGCCUGGAUGUAUUUAAUGUUUUAAUAUGUAGAUGUAUAUUUAUGAAUGUGCUUUUUAAGGCUUCAAAGCAGCCAACUGACUAGACCUUGUGUUCCUAGAGUAACAGUACUGUUUAGAGGAGCCAGAGGUGAAGUUUAUCUCAUGGAUUAUUUAUGAAAGCUAAUAUAAGGAUUACUUUCUUCUGAUUCAGAAGUGAUCUUGAUUUUGAAAAACAAGUAAUAAGAGCAUUCAAGCAACCACAUGGUGUUUGUUCUUGGGAUAGCAAGUGAGUUUGGUGUUUGGUAGGUCAAGUUACUUUUCUCUGUCUGAUCGGCCAGAGGCGUGGCCUGGUGGGCUUCCCCAGGGCCACGGGAUAUUACAGGUCAGAAUAGAAAUAGGUUCCAACAGCACCUGCCUCUGUUCAGCUUAAUUAUUAUUUCUGUUACCCAUGUGCAUUCGUGUUUCUACAGAUGGAAGUUGUUCUUAACCACUGGCAACAUUUGCUCUUGGUUUGGUGUUCUGUCGUAUUAGGAAUGUGUGUCAUUUCUAAUUUUAUUUAAAAAAAUUCAUUGUAUGAAUGUUCUGUUUCCAUCUUGACAAUUUUGUGUUUGUGUAGGUUGUCUUUAGAAAUACACUUCUGCGUUACUCGUAUGCUUCCCGGAGAAGCUCAUUUAGUUAGAAAAUAAGGCAAGUUUUGAGGCCUGCUAAUCAUUGAAAUGAAGAGACGUAAUCAGAAAACUUAUGGUAUAUUUGCCUGUAUUUUGGUCUUUGGUAUGAAGGACUUUUAAUUCAGUGAUGAAAAGUUAGUAUGGGCUACAGAUACAAGUAGCCCAUUUUGUAUUCACAUUCCCUUUUAUUUCUAAAAUAAAAUGAAAAGUCCUUUUUAAAAUAUCUUCAUCCCUAUUUAUAGCUUUUAUAUUAUUUGUCCUUCUUACCCAAGAUAGAGAUGUCAUCAGGAGUUAGAUGUGUUGGAUUAUUGUAAGGCCUUUUCACACACUGAGCCUCUUUUUAAUUAUUUCAGUGGGACAGAAACUAGGAUAGACUUGAUUCCUGCAUUUUGUACAUUAAAUCUGCCUUUGUUUCUAAGGAUGGAUCAUCUUUGAAUAUCUGAAAAUAAAAAAUUGCUAGUGAUUUCAUUUCCAAGGUACUCGGAAAAAUGUUAUUAUGUAUGCAUUGAAUUCUGUAACUAGUAAACCGAGGGGCUGCUAGUGUAUGUGAGACAUGAAAGCCUUUUUAUAGCCGACUUUGUUGCCUUAUCUUGAAAAAUAACCUUGGUUAACUUAUUUAGAAUAACACAGGUAAGCAGUGUGAAUAAUAGUAUCAAGAUUCCAAAGUUGAUAUAGUCAUUUAGUAUAAGUGGGAACUCUAGAAGUAGAUGAAAGAAGAUAAAUAUAGGCCAUUUUCCAUUGACUUUCCUUUCUGAUCAAGGGCAAGAGCAGAACACUAAGUAAGGGAAGGGGAAGUGAUGUCAUAAAAGGACAGUCUCUGAUUUUAUAUUGUAUCUUUUGUUUUGCUACAGAGGGAAUUGUUUAUUCAGAAACACGUAAAAAAGUGGUGUUCCAGGGAUUUUAUUCAAUGUUUUUUAAUAAAACCGACUGUGGUACAAUCAAAUUAUUCAUGUUACCAAAGCAAUGUUUCCCUGGACUUUAAUUCAAGGUUUGUGGUACCCAACUGGAGCCUUUACUUAUUUAAGAUGAUAAGUUCAUAUCCUGGUAUGUGGCCAUAUUUACAGAAUGUUGAGCCCAGUUUGCAAGUUGUACUGUAUGCAAUUUAGCAAAGAAGUGAAAAUAAUUUGUUGUACUUUUUAUUCAAUUCUGUAUAGAUUAUAAAAUUAUUUUUAUUGAAUAAAUAUUUUACAUUAUA